AUUACAUCGGAAAAAUGACUGGAUUUUAUCGGAUCCGAUGGGAAUCCGUCGGAGUUUGCCGGCGUCCUAACCACAGGAUUCCGAUAGGCGGUUCUGAAUGUCGGAAUGAUCACGAUACUGCAGAAUUCUGGAGAAUCCGACACUUUCCAACAUCUGGAGCCGCCUGUCGGAAUCCUGUGAAAUGGACGUUUGAAACGAAUGGUCCAAUCUUUUCCUCUCCAUGUCUAUUCGGUGAUAAACUAUUUAUCGGUUGUCACGAUGAAUAUCUCUACGCAGUCAACUUGUCAAAUGAACAGCAAGGUGUCUUAGAAUGGAAAUAUCGAUUUCCAUCAAUGAUCUAUGCUUCGCCGUUCGUGUUCGAUCAUGGUCGAAUGGUGAUUGUUGGCUCAAUGAAUGGAUGUUUACGUGCACUGACUAGUCAAACAGGUGAAAUUUUGUGUGAAACGCAGAUUCCCGGUGAAGGACUUUUUUCUUCACCAAUUUGUUAUCGUGAUCGUGUUAUUGUUGGUUCGCGUGAUGAUUAUUUAUAUUGUUAUACAUUUCACGAUUCGUCAAAGUGA